AUGGAAAUAUCAGUCCCUGUGAGGAAAACCGUUGUGCUCGAACCAUUUAUCAAGCUGGUGAGGACUGUAGCAAGGGUUUUCUAUGAUAAUUAUACCACAGUUAGCGAUAAUCAGCAGAAAUCUGCAAGAACUGAGAGCAGAGGGACUGCUGUUGUGGUGCUCGACGCACUUACGAGGCGGCAAUGGGUUAGAGAAGAAGACUUGGCAAAAGACUUGAGGGUGAACGCCAAGCAACUCCGAAAAAUAUUAAGGCACUUUGAAGAACAAAAAAUGGUCAUGCGUUACGAGAGGAAAGAGACUGCAAAGCGUGCGAAGAUGUACAGUGUUGCAGUGUCUGCUACAACUGAUGGCCGAGCAGAGGACAAUGUUAAGCUCCACACACACUCGUAUUGCUGUCUUGAUUAUCAACAAAUGUAUGACAUUGUUCGUUAUAAACUGGACCGGAUUAAAAAGAAACUCAAAAGUGAACUAGAAGAUAAGAAUACUGUUCAGGAGUAUGGCUGUCCCAACUGCAAGAGAAAAUAUAAUGCACUGGAUGCCCUGAGAUUAAUUUCGAUGGAAGACGAUUCUUUUCAUUGUGAAAAUUGCAAUAGUGAACUUGUUGUGGAAUGUAACAAGCUAACUUCCAAAGAAGUAGUAGAUGGAGGUGACAAUGCAAAGAGUCAGCAGCAGGAAAAACUCAAACUUUUGCUUCAGAAUGCAGAGGUUCGACUGGAACCUCUGAUGGAACUAAUAAAUAGGGUUAAAGACCUUCCGGUUCCUAAUUGUGAAGCUUUUCCGGCAUGGGAGGCUCGUGCAGCUAAGGCUGCUCGUGAAAAUGGGGAUCUUAACCCUAAUGAUCCUUCGAGGUCACAGGGUGGGUAUGGUUCAACACUGAUGCCAUUUCUCGGAGAGACAAAGGUUGAGGUUAACCUUGGUGAAGGAAAAGAAGAUGUCAAAUCUGAAGGUGGAGAUCCUAGUCAGAAAGUUCUGCCUCCAUGGAUGAUCAAGCAAGGAAUGAAUCUGACUGCGGAACAAAGAGGAGAUAUGAGACAGGAAGAAAAGGUUGAUGGUGUCUCAGGAGGAGGAGCAGAACUUUCAGAUGAUAAGAAAUCAGCCAUGGGAAAUGGCGAUGAUAAGGAUUUGAAGGAUGAAUAUCUCAAAGCUUACUAUGCCGCUUUACUGGAGCAGCAAGCAUUAGCUGAAAAGGCGAAUCAGCAAGAAUCCGCAGGCGACACUGAAUUGGCUACUACAUCCUCCGAUCGUCAGGUUGGUGUGAAGUCCAAACGUGAAGAGGAAGAUGAGGAAGAUGAAAUAUGGGAAGAACAGGUUCCUGCUGCAGAUGGAGACUUCCAGGUGGACUUGAAUGUUGAAGCAAAUGAAGAAGACGAAGACGAUGGCAUCGACUGGCAAGAAGACAGUCUUCUGAAUACUGACUGA